AUGACCGAUCAGGAAGAGAGAAGCGGCAGGAAGCGCGCCAGGGGCGACGAGGACGAGCAUCAGAUCCAACGCCCGUUACGGUGGGUCCCGGGCAAACUCGUCGACUAUACGGGAGCGCCUGUGUCCCAGAAAGACUUUGAUGAUUGGUUAAGAAGCAUACCGGCUUGGAUGCAGGGCCUCGUUUUGAAGCACAAAGAGAGACUCGCUUCGAUGGACCACGAACUGGGAGGCAGACGUCAGGGCCAUGUGGAUGGCGAGGAGGGUGAGAACUGGGACGAAGAGGAGGGGGAGGAGGAGGAAGAAGAAGAAGAGAAUGCGGAGGAGGAGCAUGAGCGGCCGGCGCGGAAGAGAAGACGUAUCAGGGGGGCGGGCUCACUGUCACCGGAUCGUGGGGACCCGGACGAGGCAGUUCCAGAGUGGUUCGACAGCACGGCAGGCUCAGAUGUUGACCUGGAGGCGACGAACUCUCAGGCUCGUUUACUGUCGCACGAAGGACGACAAGAUGACCCUACGGGAGACGAUGGGACCAGUCUAAACCGUGGGGAGGGAUCAGAGGACGAUGAAGUCAUGGAGAAAAGGGUUGUACGACGUCAACAGGGCGAGUUGGUACCGAUUUCCAGCAAGAAGACUCGCACCAAGACAACCACGACGACAAGAACCGGGAGCGACGGUACGACUACGACGACCGUCACCAAGAGGACUACGAAAGUAUCAAGGAAGAGAUUUGAGAGACGAUAA